UUACUCUGCUGGCUGGCGAUCAUAUGAUAAUAAAAGGUGUUGUGUGCCGGAGCAGGCCGUAAAAGUGGUGCGAGACUUUCUCUCCUCAGGUCUACCCUGCGCCUCGACCAGCGAUGACAACCAACGAGGCUCCUGCCUGACAGUGUCCUGCAGUGCCGCCGCUCAACAAUGUCCACGAUGCUCGUGUCCGUGGCCGAGUUGUCAAACAUUUUCUCCGUGCUCGCGGUGCUCAUCUGCUUUUGCGCCAUGGUCCUGUUCAUCCUCAGGAACAUGGUCGUGUUCCGCCUGCACGGAGACGAGUUCGUCUUCGGAGGAAACGUGCACCCUGUGCAGCCGCAGAUUCCGCAAAUGAAGAUGAUGAAGGUGCACAUCCCUUUCACUUUCAAAAUCCAAGAGUCCUCCAAGUCUUCCUACAACGACUUGCAGUGCACGUUGUCGAGCCAGGUGAACUACACGCUGCACUCGUUUUGGGGCGUCUCGAUAAGGGAGCUGCACCUCUUCCUGUGGCGUCCGUGGGGCGCCAUCCAGAACGCCGUGAGACAAAAAACGCUGCUCAGCGGAUACUGCCAGCAGCAGGGCAUCACCCUCCAGAAAGGGCCACACGGUGACAAAACCAUCACAAUGCAUCUGCCGAGUCCGGAGAGCAUCGACCUGGGCACGCCGCCGAGACUGUGUUACCCGCUGGUCAUCUUCCUGAUCCGAGACGACACGGAGACGCCGCACCCCGACGAGACUGUGGCGUUGAUCAACGUGGUGCACAUCAAGGACUCGGUCUGCACGCUGCCCACCAGCAUCCUGGCGCAAUACCUGAAGCAGGCCAACGGACAACUCUCGUGCCUCAAGCCGCUGUACUUGGCCAACGGCAACCCGCUGGGCUACGACGACGAGCCGCCCUCUGUGUUCUGCGAGGCGGGACUGAACUCGGAGGCGGACAAGGAGUCGGCCACGCCGACCGCCUGGGGCCCGACGUGCACGAGCCAGGAGCAGUUGUGCGUGGUGUGCCAGUACUUCCCCCUGUCGAGAGCGCUGCUGCCCUGCAGACACACAUGCAUCUGUGCGAGUUGCUUCGGCAAGCUGGACCGGUGUCCGAUGUGCCGAAGUCCGAUCCGCAGCUUCUUCUGCAUCCGCAAGGAGGACUACCUGCCGGCCGAGGCGCGCUCCUCGUCCGACGCCAAGCCGAUGCCGCUGCACCGUUGGCUGCUGCAGUGGAACGACCGCCUCAUCGACUUCUUAGGCUUUCACUGACCGAUCUGCAGCGCCACUUAACAUUCACAUGUGAAAGUUCCUUCCCUUCACGAAAUCAAUAUGUAUAAACAAAAAACCAUGGACCGAUACGGAAUGAUUUUUUUUCUCAGCUAUUCGUUUUUUAAUUUAAUUAAUAUAUGUGAUCAAGCAAAAUUGACGAUUAGAUGAGCACGUGUGUGUACCUUUGAUUGAAGAAUGCGUCGUUUUUUUUUAUUCUCUUAAUAUUUCACUUUUGCUUUGCGUUAGAGAUUUGUGCAUUUUUUUUCUCACGCCUCCUGUAAUUUUAUUUUUAAUGCCUCUUUUUUUUGUAAUGUAAGUAGUGAUAAAUAACGACCUCUCCUGUUUCGUUACAAUGGCUAACCGAGUGACUGACUGAGUGCGCAGCAUCACGACUCUUGAUUAAUGUGUAUUUAUUUAGCUAAUUAAAAGAACGUGCAAUGAAAAUGUA